AUGAUUAUAGAAAAUCCCGAAAUAUUUCGGUAUUGGCUAUCGACCGUUUUGGAACCGCUAUGUGAUGCUGAUCCGGCGGCUUUAGCCAAAUAUGUUUAUGCCCUUGUCAAAAAAGACAAGCCCGUCAGUGAUCUCCGUGUGUCAAUGGUAGAGCAGUUAGAUGUUUUCUUGCAAGAAGAAACUCAGAGUUUUGUCGCCUUAUUGUUCAAGACUAUAGAAAAUAAAGAGUAUUUAAAUGUUAAAAAAGAUGGCGUGAAAGAGGAGAAAAAAGAUGAAUCCAAGGUUCCGGCGACGAACGCGGGUCCUCCUCAAUCGACCGACGUAACCGAAAAAGAAAAUGAUAAUAACAAGCCUGAUGAUAAAGAGAACGACGAUUACAUUAGUUCAACGGAUGAAAAACAAAAUGGAGUUCAAAUACAGUCGAGCGUCGUGUCAGAAGGAACCGUCGCCAAACCCAUCGUCGGAGUUGAAAAUAAAGUUGGCGGCACCGAUGCAAAGGAAGAUCGGAAAAAGGAUAGCGAGAGAGACGAUAGGAAUAGGUUUAAUCGGAAUAGGAGUAGAAAAGAAAAUUCUCUGACGAGAAAUUUAAGGAGUAGAUCUCGAUCGUGGGAUAGGUUAAGGAGAUCUAGGCUGUAUAGGAACAAAUCUCCGCCGAGGAGAUACGAACGGGGUUUCGACAGGAGGAGAACUUAUUCGAGAUCACCAAGUCCACUUAGGUACAGAAUCCUUUAUCCUAAUAGGUCAAAGUCAAAGUCGAGGUCACCGAAAUUAUCUCACCGAGGAAGAUUCAGAAACAGGUCUCCAUCCCACAGUAGGAGUCGAUCACCGAGAACGAGAUCUCGAUCUAGAUCGUUUGAACGUAAAAAUUCAUCCGGAGGUAGAGACGACACUCCGACUCAAGAUGGUAAUCACGGAGACAUGGAUUCAAAUAUGCCACCGGGUCCUCAUUCGGGAAACGAAAAUGAUUGUGAUAGAUUUGUGUCAUGUAAAGUGAGACGGUGUCGAGAUUAUGACGAAAAAGGUUAUUGCUUACGCGGAGAAUUAUGCUUGUAUGAUCAUGGUUCAGAUGCUGUUGUUUUAGAAGACGUCGCCUUGUCCCAAGUGUUAACGUACGGACCGCAAGGACCACACGACGUACCAUUGCAACCGCCCGGUGUUCAGUGUCCUCUCAUGCACGACAUGGUGCCGCCGAUGAAUUCCCUUCCCAACAUGCCACCGCCCAUGGGUAUGGAUCAUUGUCCAGUCGGUCCUCCGCCGCUUAUGGUCAUGCAAGGUCCACCGCCGCUCGUCAUGAGACCUCCUCCUAAUAUGGAAUACAGUCCAAACGCGCCGGGUAUGAAUUCAAAUAUGAAUUGGGGCCGACCCCCGUUUAGGGGUAUGCCCCGUCCCAUGCAUCCUCAUCAACCCGGAAUGGGAUUCAAUCAAGGACAACGUGCUCUUAUAAAUGUUCCAGUUGAGUCAAAUUCUCAUUCUUUACACAAGCAGAAUAACGUCGUGGCGGAGGUAACCAAAAAUCACGGGGGGCACGCAGAGAGGAGACCCGGUUUCGAUCCCAAUCGUCAGUACAACAGUUGCCUAAUAUUAAAAAAGGUUCCAUCCGGUUUAAACAACAUCACUCAUUUGAAUAAUCAUUUCGCUAAAUUUGGAAAAAUCGUCAACAUUCAGGUUAAUUACGAAAACGAUCCUGAAUCGGCGAUGAUAACUUUCUCAAAUCCUGCUGAAGCAAAUGCCGCCAUUAAAAGCACGGAAGCCUUUUCCUCGACCGGAAGUAGCCUUAUGAAAAAACAACAGACUGGAACGGAAAAUAAUGAAAAAUCAUCGGAGUCGGCAUUUUCACCGGAAGAAAAAAAAGCCAAGACGAUCGCAGCCAUAAAAAAAUCCCAAGAAAUGUUAGAAAAGAAUAAAUUGCUGAGAAAGAAAACGGAAGAGAAAAGGAAGGAAGCUCUCAAACUCACGAGCGAUUUGAGAAAGAGAACUCAAAGUUUACUAGAAAAACAAAUAGGGCAACAAAAGGCUCUCAUACAGAAAUUAGAAAUUGGUAAUUUGGACGAGAAGCAAAAAAAAGACGUCAUGGACACGAUUAAAAUCCUACAGGAUUCCAUAGAGAAAAUCAAACAGGAACUCGUCGAAACGACGAAAACGGCAAAAAAAAUGAUACCCGUUAAAAAAACCAAAGAAGAGAUACAAAAAGAAAUAUUAGAUACGGAGCUUGAUUUAAUGGCGAAGCAACAGGAAGGAGGGGACGUGUCGGGUCUUCAGCAAAAAAUAUCGUCGUUAAAAUUAGAAUUAGCCAAAGUACAACAGCCGAAAUCGUCGGUGGGUUCGAGAGUGGUGCCCAGGGGUCAACACAAAACGAGCCUAGUUAAAAACAUGUCGAUAAAUAGAAUUCGUACGACGAAAAUAAAUCACGUGAAAUCCGUCGUGGAUCACAGGCCGACGAAAUUGUUGGUGUCGGGAUAUGAAAACGAUGAAAAAGACCUCGUUUUGACACAUUUCAGACAAUUUGGAGAAAUCGGAGAUUACAUAGCGGAUGAUUCGACACCGUCGGUCGUAUUGAAUUUUAAAACUCGUCAAGAAGCGGAAAAUGCAAUGGCGAAAGGAAAAUCAUUUCAGGAUAGAUUGUUGACGGUCACGUGGUUCACGACAAACUCGGCCGAUUCGCAAUUCAGAAGGCGGAACAGUUCCGGUAGUGGUUUGACUUACCACAUGCAUGCAGGUCAUCAAGUGUUAUUAAGCGGAAAUGAAAACAUAUGGAAAAUGGAAAUGGAAACGGAAACGACAUUGGAAAACGAAGAGAGCGAGAUGGAUCCCGGUUUGGAAUCAAGCGAAGAUUUACUCCUACAAGAUGACGAUGAGGAUUUGGAAGAUGAAGAAAGAUCAUGGCGUCGAUAA